ACGCCAAUUAAAAAAAAAACGAACUUCGCCUAACACCGUAGUUUAUUAAAACUUCUGGAACAAUCCAUAAAUAUUUUUAAAAUUAAUCUCGUCUUUAUAGUGCGGAGAAUAGUGCAAAAACAGGAUAAUUCGUCAAAAAAUAUAUUUCAAAUAAAAAGAAAUUGCCAGUGUCUCGUACAUAAGAAUAAAAAAACAAAGGAGGAUCCAAGUUAUCGACCUCGAAAAUAUUUCGAGUCAUUAAAAAUUAAUUCGACGUUUCAAUGUGCAUUAUUUGUUUAUCAUUCAAUUGAUGCCAAAUUAUUGAGGAUGUGAAAAAAUAGUCGGCGAGCCAGAUUUGAAUUGAGAACAAAUUAAUGGUGCAAGGCAAUAGGAGCAUAAUUAAUUACGAUAAUAGUUAAGAUUAAAGCCAUCUUGUGCUAGUAACAUACAUACUAUUAUCAAAAAUCGAAAUAAUAUUAUUUAAAAAUGAUUAUCUAAACUAGCCUUUAAGGUCUCACUGCUGGACGAAGGUUAUAAAAAUAAUCGUCUUUUUCGGUUCGCCGCAGUCGGAUAGUUAAGAAAUACAAUUAUCUAAUGAGUAACUACCCUCAUUUAGUUAAUUUAUCAAAAUAAAUAUUAAACCAAAGUACAAGUGUAAUGAAGAGUAACAUUGCGAAGUUAUUGCCAAAAAUCCAAUUUAGUUCACAAAAAAGUGAUGUGUAGAUAAGUUCUUCUUUAGAAGAGAAAAAUAUGACGUUCACGAACUAAACCCUUUGCCUUCAAAUGGGACAAAAUCCUACAUAAUAAUGAGUAAAAGUGAGAGCGACAGCAACGAGAAACGAACAAUCGCCGCCAGGUUUCAGCUGCCAGCUCGAGCGGUGGCUGUCUUGGAGCUAUGGCGGACGAAGUCGAAGGAGAGGGUUCUGUCUCCCGCACACUUCCAGGACCACUGGCGAAUCGCCGUGCCCAGGAUAUAUUCGCCGCAGCCGAACAGGACAUGCCUCGACUGGGCGUUCGACGAGGAGUUGGCGGGUAGGGUCCUGCUGCAGCCGUUGGAGCAGUUCAUAUGGGGCACGACAGAAGAUAGCGAGCCUGUGGCGCCCCCACGGCGGUCCACGUUGUGCGGCCGCGUGUUCAAACAGGGUGAACCAGCUUACAGCUGCCGGGAGUGCGGUAUGGACAACACGUGUGUGCUCUGUGUGGAGUGCUUCAAGGUGUCUGCGCACAGGCACCACAAGUACAAAAUGGGCCAAUCGGGCGGGGGCGGCUGCUGUGACUGCGGCGACACGGAGGCCUGGAAGCGGGACCCCUUCUGUGAACUACAUGCGGCACCAAAGGACGAAGAGCAGGCUCAAGCGACCGUGAGUGACGACGUGGUGGAACGCAUGAAGACAGUCGCGUCUGUCUGUCUGAACUACUGCUUCCGGCUGCUUACCCACGUCGACCAUUCCCCCGGGUUACCCAACGAUCUCAGGUUAAAGGAUAGUGAGAGGGAUCUCCUACAGAUAUUGGAUCAACCAGACUGCUACUGCACAGUUCUGUAUAAUGAUGAAACGCAUACGUUUGAACAGGUGAUAACAACGCUCACCCGCGUGAUGAAGUGCAAUCACCGCGACAGCGUGGAGCUGGUGAGCCUUAUCGACCGCGAGGGUCGAGCGCUCGUCAAAUGCAACUCCUUCCAAGUCUGCGACAAACUCAAGACCGAUAUUGAGUCCUGCACGGCGAUGUUCGAAAGGUUCACGUCGCGGCAGGGGCCGAGCCUCAAGGUGCUGGUCAUGCACGCGCACCUCAUCGCGCACCAGGUCUUCGCCAUGAAGCUGCUUAACUGGCUCCAAAACUUCGUGAGUCAAGAGCCGAGCCUCCGCUUGGCCGUCAGCCAAGUGGCUCUCGGCGAGGACUCGUUCGGCGGCACCGGCGGCAGCAGCAGCGGCGGCGUGGCGGGAGGCGUCAUGCAAAACGACUUCCGCAUGUGGAAGGCGGCUCGCACCGCCUGGCACAGACUGCUCAUUGCCACUACCCUCAUGGAUUAUACCACCAAGAAAGCUAUGGCUAUACUUUUCACUAAGAAUUAUGGGUCGAUCCUAAAGGACUUCAUUCGCGACGACCACGACCACUCGUUCUCGAUAUCGUCGCUGUCGGUACAGCUGUACACGACGCCGACACUUGCGCACCAUCUCAUUGCGAAGCACGACGCCCUCUUCAUCGUCAUAAAUACAUUCGUCAGCGAAUGUAACCGACGGUGCAAUAAUAAGGGUCGAUUAGAAUUCGACCGCAACCACGUGUCGAUGGCGUUCAAGCGCGCCCAGUUCAUAUUGUACGACGUGAAGUACCUGCUGGGCUCGGUGCCGACCAGCUUCGAUGACGAUCUCCGCAAGGGCUUCCUGCAUGGACAGUCCUUGCUGCUCAACCUGCUAGUCAUGAUGCAGGGCAUGGACUCCGUCGUCAGGCAGGUGGGGCAACACAUGGAAUACGAGCCGGAAUGGGAAUCGGCCUUCAAUCUCCAUGUGAAACUGGCUCAUAGCAUCACGUUGUCCCUGGAGUGGUGCUCGGCGGAGCGCGGGCUCAUCGCGUCUGCGUACCGCAUGGCAUUGCGCAGGCACGGCGAGACGUAUACCGCGCCGCCGCUCGUUGUAAGAGAGCUAGGCAACCAGAGCGCAUCGGUGAUACCGUACGACGUAUCUUCGGAGCCGGUGUCGAUUCACCGGCCGCUGUCGCGGUUCAUAGCCGGGCUGCACCUGCAGCUGCAACGACACGGGCUCAACUACCACAGCCGCGAGUUCGAACGCCCCGAGAGGCCCAAACCUACACCCGAAGAGCUCAUAGAGCCAGUACUGCAGACUAUGGCGAUGAUCGCGCAAGUGCACGCGGGCAUGUGGCGGCGCAACGGGUUCGCGCUGCUGAACCAACUCUACUUCUACCACAACGUCAAGUGCCGCGCUGAGAUGUUGGACCGUGACAUCGUUAUGUUGCAGAUCGGAGCAUCAUUGAUAGAGUCAAACGAGUUCAUAAUCCACGUGUUGAAUAAAUUCAAUCUUCUUGACUGGGCCAGCGCGGACUUCGAACAGAAGCACAUUGAGGACGACACGCUGCGCCACACCAUCAGCAUGGUGGAGGAGUUCCUAGGAUUACUCGUUACAAUUGUGGGAUCGCGGUACGUCCCAGGCGUGGGCGAGGUGACAAACGAAGAUCGUACCAAGAAGGAGAUCAUACAGAUGCUCUGCGUCAAACCGAUGCCGCAUUCUGAACUGAACAGGUCGUUACCAGAAGACCAAUCCCACGAGACAGGUUUGGAAGCAGUAAUCCACGAGGUGGCAGACUUCACCAAGCCGACAGGCAGCGGCAACCGCGGCGUCUAUAAACUGAAGCCGCAUCUAUAUGAUGAAUACGACACCUUCUUCUACCACUACACGCGGGAGGAACUCUCGAGGAGUGAGGAGGAACAGAGGAAUCGGAGGAAGGCUGCUGGUCUUCCGGAGUGCUGUCCACCACCGCCACUGCCGCAGCUGACGCCGCCAUUCCGCCUACUUGCCUCCCUGUUACAGUCGGAUGCCGCGUUACACGUCAUUCGCAUUGUCUUGGAGCGGGCGCUGGACCUGCGCGCCAGGUCCUUCUCUGAGACUCAAGUGCAUAAGGCACUUCACCUCAUUGGCUACGCGCUCCGCGAUGAAGAGUCCGGCCACUACGAGUUCCUGGCGUUCUCGUCCCGCGCCGCGCGCUGCGGUCUGCUGGCGCAGCUGCAGAAGAUAGCGGCCAGCGUCCGCGUCGACGCGCACCGUCCGCUCGCUCGUUGGCUCAUAGCCAAGUGCAGAGAGCUGAUCGGACAGUCAGAUGAGCAUAUGGGCGAUGGAGAGAACAUGGAAACGGACCAGGAGGAGAAACCCACUUCUGACGAUACCGCGGACGCCGAGAAAACUCGCCGCGCAAAGUUGGCAGCGGAACGCAGAGAAAAGCUGAUGGCGCAAAUCAAGACGCAAAUGAACAACUUCAUAUCGAACAACGCGACACUGUUCGAGGAAACUACUACAGAGGUGACAGAAGAGGAGCAGGACCUGCGUACACUUUACUCGGGCGCUGCGCUCGGCGUGUGGGGCGGAGGCGUGCCCGAGCCGCCACGGACAUGCAUCAUGUGCCAGGAGGAGGCGCGCGUUGAAAUAAAAUCGGAGCCGCUAGUUCUGGUGGCGUUCGCCCAGCACUCCACGGUGCUGAACCGCGCGCGGCAGGGCGGGCUGGGCCGCGUGCCGGCCGACUGGCUGGAGGCCUGGCUGCCGGCCGGCGUGGGCGCGCAGCCGCACGUGUCCUCGUGCGGGCACGCGCUGCACGCGCGCUGCUGGCGCAAGUACGUCGACAGCGUGCUGGACAAGGAGAACCGCAGGCCGUACCGACUUCGUCAGCCGGCAGCUUUCGACGUGGAAAAGAAGGAAUAUCUCUGCCCUCUCUGCGAACGUCUUUGCAACACUGCUCUCCCUCUAUUACCGAGCCCGGCACUACCGACAGGAACCCCACCACCAAUCACUGAGGAAACCUACGCCGAAGCUGUAAACUUAAUCCUUAAGAUGAAGCACCAAGUAUCAUCAGAACAUAUCUGCACAGAAUAUUGCGAAGAGAUGCAUUGCCAAGCGCGCGCGAGGAGCGUCGGAGCGAUGUCUUCUGAUAUGGAAGACGAGUCAGCUGAUGAAUCUGAGGUCUACGUAUUGACGCACUCGGAGACCCUUCUGCCACAUGAGUUCCUGAUACAUUUCGAAGGAGAGAUACCCACUUAUAAUGACGUGACCAAAUCGCUGAUUGAGGAGUUUGCUACCAUUCUCCCCGGAAUUUGUAGCUUAUCAGAAUCCGGCAGUAUGGUAUCCGUUGCAGCGCUCUAUAGAGCAACAGCAUACACUGUGAUUAGCACCAACGCCGUACUACAAGCGGAGGAACGACCUGUACUGGGCGACCUUCCCGCAAGACACCGCGACGCGCUACAAGCACUUAUACGCCUAGUAGCCAUAGUUCCCGCAAUAUGGCCGACACCCAAACACCUCUCGCACCACUGUUUGAGUGCCCUACACACUUUAGAAAACACAGAUCCGACCACCCACGAUUCUUUCGGAACGUUGGUAGCUCUAGUCUUAACAGCACCCUCAUUAUUUGGCAAAAACUCCGGCACGGCUCGACCUAAUCACCUGGCAAGACAGUUCACGCUUCAAGCGUUCAGGGCGGAUGUUACUAGAGCCAUGCUGGCUAUAGACUUGUCGGCUUAUAAGGCAGAACCUAUGGAUGAAGACGCGUGUGGCUCACCAAAGACAGACUUGGAAAACUUACUGCCGUUUAUCAAGAAGCUACGUAAAGGAAAAGUGGAUAUAGAAGGUCUGAACGCGGAAGCUAUAUGGGAGAAGGUUAAGAGACAAUGCCACAGGUUCCUGCGUUGCUGCUGCUUGUUCUUCCACUUCCUAAGUGAUAUCAUACCGCCAACUGAACUGACAGUCGUUAAUGGAGACACUUGGGAAACAAUGUGUGGUUAUUUAGACCUUCCUUGUACUUUUAAGGACUUGAUAGAAGUACCUAUAGCGAGGAAGAAAUGUUUAGAAUGGGCGGCGUUGUGUGGGGAUACUAUCUCACCUGUGGCACUCGAUGCGGAGGAGCCUCCGAAACUGAUGCCUCUACCGGACGACUUCUCAGAGUUAAUGAACGUGGUCUCCGAGUUCUCGUGUCCGAACUCUGAGAGGGAGGACAGUAAAUACCCGACCAUGUGUCUAGUCUGCGGGCAGAUACUCUGUUCCCAAAGCUACUGUUGUCAGACGGAGAUACGUAAGAGCGGGCGCAGCGGCGGCACGGAGCACGUGGGCGCGGUGGUGGCGCACGCGCUGCAGUGCGGCGCGGGCGCGGGCGCCUUCCUGCGCGUGCGCGAGUGCGAGCUGCUGCUGCUGGCCGCGCCCGCCCGCGGGGCCAUGCUGGCCGCGCCCUACCUCGACCACUACGGCGAGACCGACCAGGGCCUGAGGCGCGGCAACCCACUGCACCUAUGUCCCGAACGCUACGAGAAGCUGCGUCGUGUGUGGCUCGCGCACGGACUGCAUGAACGUAUCGCACGGGCGCUUGACACCAACAUGCUCGUCACCACGCAGUGGCAGAACAUGUGAUGACACGGGUACCAACUGCUUUUACUGUAAUUUUGGCGACCAGUCGACAUCGCACCAGAGCUAUAUUUAUAUAUAGACACGGCUAUACAAUUUAUUCUAUGAAAAUACUUUUGUUUUAUUUUGUUUUUGAAAGAAUAUGGCAGCAUUUUUUGAUAUCCCGAAAUGGAUUUGAAUCAAGUAUACAGCGUUACUUACGUACGCAAUAGGCAAGAGGACAACCUAGUCAAAUGAGAUACUAAUAACGUCCUUUUUUGACGUGACUUAUUGUAGUUUUGCCGCAAAUGGCACUAACUACUUGGCCGGACAGAUGUUUCGAAAAACAAAAAAAAAAGUUUAGAAAUACCCACGUAUGAUGUCAAAAUUUAAUAAAUCAGUCAAAAAAAUGAGAUUACUUUUUAAUCAUCUUAGACUGGUUUCUAUUUCUAGAUUAGCGUUUUAUUUAUUUUUGACCCAGUCAUCUAGCCUAUUGUCUAAUCAAGCGCUUGGGUACUUUUUUUUUGGAAGAGUAAUUUCUAAAUGAUUUUGACACCUUAUAAUAGCUAAAAAAAUUUGCUAUUAUAAGAAGAUUGCACAAAAAUGGUACAAAACUGGUUUUAUGCAACCAUCACCACUGAUCUCCUCCCUAGAUUUGGAGACUAAAAAGAAUAUUGGUUUUGCUAGUUGAUUUUUUCAGGUUAUAAUAGGUGUUGCCUCUUAAGUAACAAGUUUUCUACUAUUUUUGGUCAAACUCCGAAUAUGGGUUAAAAAUUGCUCAGAAAUAUCGUCCUAACAGAAGAUCGAAUUUGUUUAUUUGCUUCUUCUGAUAAUCUCCAAAUAAACAUUGCAUUAUUGAAACUUAGCUAUUUAGCUAAACUCUUAAAGCUAAAGUGAGAUUUUAAAAUUUUUAUAUUCGCAUUGGCACAACGGAAACGUACAAGACCGCCUUUAAUUAAAACUUGGAUGUACCUAAAAUUACAUUUUAUUCGGUAAAUAUCGCCCUGCUAACUCUGCCAAAGGUACUAUGUUACGUGACGUAGUAAAAAAAAAAACAAAAAAAUAAAACAUAAAAAACAUGUCUUUGGUAAUAUCAAUGUUUCACAUAUAUUUGUCCGUAUGUAUUCCUGUAUCUUUGAAGAUGCACAAGUAAUUUAAUUCUAGACUUAAUGCUACUUUCAUACUAGAUAGUCGCUCUAUGUCAAAGGCUUCCCGCCGUAUCUGAGUGGAGUAAUGAAAAAUUACUACAGUUUUUAGAACUGUAUUUUUAAAGGAUUCAGAAGUUAACCACCUUAUUCUUAUCGAAAGGCAAAAAGUACGUCAUCCCCCCUUCAGGCAUUUAUUAUGUAAAAAUAAAGUAUAAUCUGGCAACACCAACAUCUGUCAUAAUUAUUGUCAGUGUUGCCAGUUUAUACCAUUUAAAAUCAGCUCUAUGGAACUUUGUACAAUUACGAAAAAAGAACAUGAGAAAUUUUAGAAUGACCUCGUACUUACUCUCUCGCGUUACUAAAAUUAAAUUAGCAGUAUUUGUAACGUACGAAUUAUCAAGUUUCAAAGUUUGUUCAAAUUUUAGUAUAAAAUAUGUUGCUGUAUAGAUAUUAAUCUAUUUUUGAUGUAAACUGAAUGGUUUGAACCAGUAAUCUGCCGUUCCCGAGAAUGUUCCUAAAAUGGGGAUAUUCCCGUUGUGAAACUUUAAUACAGUGGCUCCAUUUCUUUUUCAAAUUGUAUCUUGUACUUUAUUUAUUCUUUUUUUUUACUAUUGCGCUUUUUUACUGCUGGGAACGUUCCCAAAGUGGGAAUCUUCUCGGGAACGUACAUCACUGGUUUAAACGCUGAUAAUUUGAAUAUUAGAUGCGUAAGUUUGUACCUCCACUACAUUUUGAUAAGUGACUUUUAAAAUUAUACAUCCUUUCGGCUAUUCUUCAGGCCAAGGGCCUCAUUCACCAUUUUUGAUAAACUUCCCGAUAUGAUAGACUAUGCAGAACUUAUCUGACAGAUAGUUCGCUACGCUUAUCGAGCACAUGGGCUAUGAGACAGUUUACCAGUAGGUGGUGAACUAGGUUCUGAAAGUAAGGAAUAAUACUAUGUAUAGAAGGGUAACUCUCCACCAGCGUCUAAGAUACACCCCCCUCCUCCCGCACACACACAGAGGAAGAUGCGUGUGUACGAUAACGUCAAUGUCUGUGUAAAACGAGGUUGUUUGUAUGAAGUGUCUAGGGUGUGGCGAUGAUAAAUGUUUUUUGUCGCUUUUUCUAAAUAUUUCAACAUUGUAAUAUGACGUGAAUGAUGUCUGUUUAAAACGUAGCAUCACUCACAAUGUUUGAACUAGACACAAGCGUUUGUAACUGUGGUUAUGUAUGACGGAUCUGUCGCAGGCGAUUCAGCAUAUUGUGAAAAUAGUAGUAUAUUUUUUACACAGUAUCGAAAUAGAUGUACCUAAGGAGGUUAAGAAGGCCACAUCAAAGCAAUUCAUCUUUGCAUUGCGAACUUACUUUCAUAUGCACAGAUGUCAAAUCGCAAUACUGCUUUUGUGGCCUUUUUAACACCCAAGAUGCCCAUAAUUUAAUCAGUUUCGGUUAUAAUUCGCGUUGUACUCUUGUACGUCAAAUCGAUGGAAGUUAAAAGUAUUAUUAGAAUUAUCUAUUUUUGACGGUAGAUAGAACAUUAUAAUACUACCCGUUCGGGUCACAGGACACUUUUCGGAAGCGACGUGUUUAUAAAGCACGGCGCGUGCCUAUCGGUACAUAGCUCACAACAUAGGCGAAACAGGGGCCGCUCGUUUGCAGGGAACGCUGUCGCUUACCUGCAGGGUGCCAAGUAGGCUCGAAAGGGUUAUAUGUAAAAUGCUUUAGUUCAAAUCGUCUUUUGUUAUUGAUAUACACCACGUCCGAUAAAAACGGAAAAUUAAAUCAAUUUUCAAAUGGUGUAAUAUCAUUAGACUUUGGAAGUAAAUAUUAUUAAAUUAGUCACGCAAAGAAAAUAUCAGUGAUUGCGAGAAAUGGCUGUGGUAGAAUCAUGUAUGGAUUAUUUCUCGUGUAAUGUAUAGAUAGAUAACCUGCCCGGUAACAUUAGUACUAACGCGACAUCCUUAGUCUUUACGUGAAUAAAAAAGUAACUAAUACAAGCAAUUUCUUACACCUAAAUCACCUGUAAAGAUGUAGAAUGUCGCGACGUUACCGGGACCUGACGAGCUUAUUCUUACGUUUAUAAUUGUUUGUGCAAUCCUUAAUAUAGUUCACUAAUUUUCUCUCAACUGUGUGUGUUGUUUUGCUAAUAUUAUAUUAGUUAGAAAAUAGUUUUAAUGGACUUAGAAAUUAGAAGAAUCACUCGACUUUUAGUAAUAGGUUUACGCACAUGUAAUAGCAUAUUAAAGAAUUAAUUAAAUAAUCUUGCCAAUAUAUUAUGUACUUUCAAAUGAUAUUAUAAUUAUUACAUAUUCGAUAUAGUUCCUUACCCAAAGAUGUCUAUAUUUUAUCUAUGUAUAUCAGAAUGCGCCAAGUCUAAUCGAUCAACUAAGAAUUGGUACAAUAGUAGAAAUAUGAAUCCGAAAACUAUACAAAAAUGACGUCAUUAGCCAAAUGCUCAGUCCAUCCGGCUAACUUCGUGCCUUCUAAUUUCGUAAGUCCAAAUACUCAUAUACCAAUGGUUGUUGAAUUCAAAACACCAAUUUAGACUUCAAGUAUUUGAAUGUGAAACUCUAACAAAAAAUAUUUUAUUAAAUAAAAAGAUAACGAGAACAUUUUUGGGAAUGAGAGUUUGAAAAAAUCUAAAGUUUCCUUCAUUUGCGGUGUUGCCAAUUUUACUUUUUGUGCGUAGUUUUCUCUCUUAUUCCCAACUGCGUUUAAGACCUGCAGGUUUGAUAGUCUUCCUAACUAUUCACAAUCUUAAGAUGUCAUUUUUGAUUCUAUUUAUUACCAUAUAAAAAGAAAUUUAAAUUCACUGUGAAUUACACGCGCAAGCUGCUUCUUAAACUAUGCACUUAUUUUGUUCUAACUUACAAGGAUGAAGACUUAAAGAUUUUGGUAUUCGAGGGUUGUGAAUAUGUUUUUGGAACUGAGGAACCAUCGUAAUUAGUGUGUAUUCGUGUGACUCAGCACAAUUUCUAUCAGAAUAUUGUUUCAAAAACGUGUAAAAGGACAUGUUUCAUAUAAAUGUAGCUCAAAAUUAUCAUUUUUACUAGUCUUAAUGCUUUAGAUUUAGAUGAAUAAAACGCAUUGCCAGACUAGAAAUUUAAAAAUGUGAUUUGUAGAUUAUAUGAAAUGUGUCCCUAAAUAUACGAAUACUGGCUAAUUAAAUGAAUGUAUGUACCUGUAAUGAAUGUUUUGGAAUAAAUGUAAUAUAGUUAUUUAAAGUUGUUCGCGUAGAUUUGUCUUUGGUGAUAUUCCCGGACGGUUGUACCUCGUAACGCCACGCCCGUUGCGUUACGCCCUAUAUUGAUAAAUUAAUUAAUAUAAUUAAAUAUAUAUAUUAAAAAUUA